AUGAUCCCAGCCUCGCCGCCCAACGGUAAAGCCUCCAAUGGCUUUUUAUCGCCCAAGCUUCCAGAUGGCGCGCGCGAUAUAUCACGAUCACCAUCACCGCUUGGUCUCAUUCCUUUACACUCCCGCUAUCGCAACUUCAUUCACCGCCAUGAAAUCCCCCGCAAACUUCUCCACGUGUCAAUCGGCUUCCUGACCCUGGGUCUGUAUAGCCGCGGGGUUCAGACACUGCAGAUUACCCCCGUGUUAUUUUCUGCUCUUGUCCCGAUCGCAGUGACUGAUAUUGUCCGUCAUCGCUCGGAGAAGGUUAACAAACUUUACAUCCGCUGCAUGGGCGCUCUUAUGCGUGAGACCGAGGUCUCUGGUUACAAUGGCGUGAUUUGGUAUCUCCUCGGAGCAUACGCCGUCCUGCGUUUCUUUCCCAAGGACGUUGGUGUCAUGGGCGUGCUUCUUCUCAGCUGGUGUGACACUGCCGCAUCUACAUUUGGACGCCUUUACGGUCGCUACACUCCUCGCCUUCGACCUGGAAAGAGCUUGGCUGGAACUCUGGCUGCCUGGGCUGUUGGCGUUGCCACUGCUGCCUCAUUCUGGGGCUGGUUCGUUCCCUACAUGGGAGCUUUCCCCAACGACCCGCAAGACGCAUUUAUGUUCACAGGCCGUCUGAAUUUGCUUCCCGACUGUGUUCGAGGUCUCAUUGGCAUGGAGCCCUCAUCCGCUGGUGUCAUCACUGGCCCACUGGCCCUUGGCGCGAUGAGCGUCGUGUCUGGUGUUGUGGCUGCUGGCAGCGAGUUCAUUGAUCUGUGGGGCUGGGACGACAACCUGACCAUCCCAGUUCUGAGUGGGCUGGGACUUUGGGGAUUCCUCAAAGUAUUUGGCUAA